CUAGUAUGACAUGCGCCCUUCUGACGUCGUCCACAGGAACGCCAGUUGCAAUUGGCUCAGGCGUCAGUCGCUGAGCUUACGAAGGAGUCCAAUCAGCACAAGCGGCGUGUGCGCGAAUUGGAGGAACAGAUUGAGGCCGAUGACCGAGCCGAGCGUCUGGAGGAGUCUCUGAAGAAUGCGCAGAACCGCGCCGACGAGCUGGAAUUCCAGUUGACCAAAUUGAAACAGGUAUAUCAUCUUGUUCUUCAUAUCCAUGGCCACGAUAAUUAUAAUCUACCCGUUAGACGCAUUCCACCUUGAAGGCAGAGCGGGAUGACCUCAGCACCAAGGUCCACACCGCCCAGCAGGCAGAGGCCGAGUGGAAAUCGAAGCACGACGCCUUGCAGCAGCAGUUCGAUGACGCGACGCAGCAGCUCGAAGAGAACGCCUCCCAAAGUCUUUCGCUGACUCAAGAGAAGGCGACGCUGCAGACCGAACUGGAAAGCAUGCAGCAAGCCAUCGUACAGCUUCAGGAACGCCUCACCCAGGCCGCUACCGAGCUCACUGCGUCCGCGCGCCAGCUGCAGGCUGCCCAGACCGAAGCCCGGAAUGCCAACCGCCGGGCGGAGGAGGCAGAGAAGAUGCAGCAAGACCUGCAGGCGGAAGGCACGUCGCUCAUGCGCUCGCUUGACGAGAUGCGGCCGAAGCUAGUCGAGCUGACUGGUGCGAAACUCGAGCUAGUGGACAAAAUUGACAGCCUCGAGCGCGCCAUCCACGCGAAGGAGGACACGAUUUCGCAGCUGGAGGCGACGCUCGAAGAUGUACGCGCUGAGCAUUCGAAGGCCGCGAAGCAGCUCUCGGACGUCACUUCGACGAGGGAGAAGGAGGCAAUGUCGACGCAGGAAAUGAACGCUGAGCUGCAGCGCGGCUAUACUCAGCUUCAGGAAGAGCUGGAGUCCGCGCUGGAGAGCGUGCGCACACUCGAGGCGGAGCGCGCUGUUAACCAUCAGGAAGCUUCGCGUAGGCUCGCGGAUAUGAGUCUCUUGUCGCAAUCUUCGCAGGAACUGCUGGAGGAGCUCGAGACGCUUCGGACAGAAUUAGACGAGCGACGCAAUGUUCAGGUGAGCCCGCUCUUUUCGCAUCCCGUGCUCUGCACCCUGGCUCAAUUCCCACCCAGCAGGAGGAACAUGAUAUCUUCGCACGCGCACAGAACGAGCUGGAAGCCUUGCGUCAGGAAGUUGCGGCGAAGGACCAGGAAUUGGAGCGUUUGCGUGAUUCCCUUACCUCCCCCUCGGACGCCGUCGCCCCCAACUCGCUCGGCGACGAGGUGCUCGAGUCUGCCCGCCAACUUGACCUUUCUGCUGCCCAUCAACGCAUCCGCUCGCUCGAGGACGCGCUAUACACCGCCGACGCGCGCUCCCACAACCUCCAACGACACAUCGCCACCCUCGAGCAGCAGCUCGCCGGCCGCGCCGCCGUCGCCCACCGCGCCAUAUCCCCGCCCACCGCGCGCGCCUCCUUCUCCUCCAGCCGCGGCAACGCGCCCACGCUCUCCGUCAUCUCCCCCCUCGACGAGGGCCUCAGCCCGGAGACGCGGCACAAGCGGCACGUCAGUCUCAGCAUGCUCAAGGCGCGCAUGGAGAGCGAGCGCGCUGCGGCGGCGGCGAUAGACGGCGGCUCGCGCCCCGGCACGCCCUCGCAGCGGCGUGCGCACCGCCCGCAGUUCUUGGACGAGAACCACAUCUUCUGGUGCAGCGCGUGCAAGGGGGAUCUGGUCAUUCUGUGAGCCUAGUACGACGAGGAGAACGGACCCGCGCAUCGUUCGCGGGAGAAGGCCGACGUCUCCCGCGCGUCGCUCCCUACCUAUUUAUCCUAUAUACCGCUAUGGACCUCUCGCAUGUCUCUGGGACCUUGCCAUCGAUGCUAUACCUCGCUUUUCGUCCUGGAAAAAUUGAACGAACUGAUCCUGAUUUUCGACGUCGGCAUGACGUCGCCUGUUCUUUCGCCUAAGACCGCCUUCGCGCACUUCCAUAAAAAUUGCACCGAGG